GAUCCAUUUAACUGCACGUGACAAUGUGUGAUCUGUGUGCUUUAAAAUUCUUUUGUCAAUUUGAUUGAUACAUUUUAUAUUUAAAUUACAUAAAAACUUAUUAAUUUUAUAGUUAAGAUAAAUAAAAUGAUUAUAAUAUUUGAUGAAAAAUUCAUUUGUGAAAUUUACGUGUAAAUUCAUAAUAGAAAUGAUUAUAUUUGUUCAUGUAUAAUCAUGAAAAUUAUAUAAUCAUAUUAUUCUAUUCAUUUUUUAAAUAUCAUAUAUAGAAAAAAAUAUAUAUAGUUUUUUUUAUUUUAAAGAAAUUUAUAUUCGUUAUAAAUGUAAAAAUAUUCAAAUAUCAAAUUUAAAUAAUUCUCGCAAUGUCUGUCAGUUAUACAAUUAUAAUUUCUAAAAUUUGCAUCUAUUGUAAUAAACGGAGAAAAAGGAUUUAUGAAAGUAUAAUAACAUUUCAAUAUAUCGCCAAUUUCAUUAUCAGUGAAAAAAUAUUUUUAAAUUAAUUUUAAUAAUUUUAAAUUAUCAACAAUGUAUUGGGGUUCUUUAAAGGGUGCGGCCGUACCUGUAUUUAUAAUUUCCGUAGCAACGUUCAAAUUGUUAAGAUAACGGCGGCGUUGAUUCAGCAUUGACGCGAGGCGUCGUGUUUUACUCGAUUUUCAAAGAGCUAUCAUAAGUUUCGAGCACAUCGACAACAGGCGGCGCAAGUUGCAAUAAAUUUACAAUUGUAUGCGGCUAUGCUGUAGAAAACGUAAAGAACUAAAGCUAUGAGACGCCUUAUUACGACAAAAUGAAAGUGAUGAUCGUUUCCAUUUAAUUUCAUUUUGUUGCAGAAUUUUAUAAAAAGAAAAUAAUGGAUAAAAGAAAUAAAGUAGAUUUAAUAUUGACAUGCAAUAAUCCUAUAAGUAUGUCAAAAAAAUAUGUAAAUCAAGAAUAUACAAUUAGUCAUUUCAAUGAUAUUAAAUCAUGUGAAAAUAUAUUUCUAUGGCUUGAUAAAUUUAAUAAUCUAAUGUGUUCAUCUGUGGGACAUAGAAGUUACGAAUUAUUAAAACAUUUACUUUUCCUUUAUACUCAAAAUAUUUUAAGUAAUAUAAAUACAUAUUGUGAAAAAGUAUUGGAUAUGACAAAAUUAAAAAAUCAUCUAAGUACUACAUUAACAUUUUUUCAUCUUUAUUGGAAUGAUAUUAAAGAGCAUGUUAAUGAUUACAACUCGUAUUUAAAUGAAAUGUCAAUACUGUUAGGAAUAUACAUAGAUAUAGAACUUAAAACUUUUACACACACUAUGGAUUCAUCUAAAAUUGCUUCAAAACUGCUUUCAGCAUUAUGGAUAUAUUUAAGUAACUCAGAAAAACAUAUUUUUAGAGUAUUGCUUAAACUAAAAUUUGUUACUAAAAAAUAUUCAAAAAUUUUUGAUUUUAUAUUCAUGAAAAGUUUUACUAGUUUCAAAAAAAGUGUGGAAUCUUUAACAGAUAUAGAGUAUGUUAGAUAUUUACUUGUUCUAAAAAUAUGGAAAAAAAUGAAAGAAACUAUAGAAGAAAAAAAGGAAGUGAAUAAGAUAGCUUUAACAAUAUUAGGUCCAUGUAUUCCAAAAAUGCGCGAUGAAUUAUUGAAGAUUAUAUGUAAAGUUCCAACAGAAUUUGAAAAUGGAACUCUUACCUUAUUACAACCAAAUGUAUUUAAUUUAAAAACUGCAUGUAAUAAUUUUUUAAUAUUUGAAGAAGCAAUGUUUAUUGAAUCUAAAGAUAAUUUCAUAACACAAAAUUCUGAUUUAUAUUUACAGGAUUUAUAUAGUGUUCAAAAAAGUUUUAUAAACUGUGAAUUAAUAAAAAAUGAUACAGAAAAUAAUCAUGCUUUUAAAGAUGGAAUAAAAAAUAAUAAAAAUAAUAAUGAACUUCUCCCAUCAAGAAACAAAUUUAAAAAUUAUAAAAAGAUAUCAAAAUUAAAACCCGGAGAAUUAAUUUUAAUUGAUUUAACUAAAGAAGAUGAACUAAAAACAGAUAAAAAAAAAAGAAAGAAAAAAUGUCAAAGAAAUUUAGAAUGGUUAAAAAUGGUAAAAAAAAAAUAUAAAGUACAGAAACAAAUUGAUGAAUUAAAACAUAGAAAUCAAAUAAAAAUUUCAGAUGUUCAUAAUAUGAAGAACUCUGAAAAUUUUUCCCAUAAUAUUCUUCUUGAAAAACAACCAAUUUCGAAUAAUAAGAUUAAUGAAAAUACAGAAAGUAGUACUUUAAUGGAACAAAAAUCAUUUCAGGAUAAUACUCAUAAUUUAAAAAAUAUGCAGGAUUAUAUUCUCAAUAAAAAUGAAGUAAAAUAUAUGUUUCAACAUAAACAAUGUGAUACAUGUAAUUCAUCAACAAAACAAACUGAUACACAACUCAAUAAAGUUCUAUAUUUGCUGGAAAUUCUAAGCACUAUGGGACAAAAUAUUAAAGAACCAAAAGCUAUAUUAAAUCUACUGAAAGAAAGUAGGAAUGAAAAUAAAAUAUCUUCUGAAUAUAACAUUUUUUAUAAAAAUACACUUAAUGAAUGUAAUGAAAUGAAUACUCAACAAGAAAGUUCCAUAAAGACAAUAUUAUUGUCAAAGGAGUGCCAAAAGGAUAUUACAGAUGUACAAUCCAUAAAACAAGAGUUACCAACAAAUAUAGAUCUCAAUGUGAUAGAAAAAAAUACUUAUUGUCAAAAUGAAUCUAUUUAUGUACAAAGUGAUCAUUUGCAAUCCAUGAAUAGUCCAGAAAUAAUAGAAACCAUGAAACAAAAUAUUGCUCAUGAAAUUCAUGAAUGUACAAAUUGUUGUAAAAAAAUUGAUAUAAAACCUUUUUCCUACCAUAACAACAGCAUAUUUAAUAUCACAAAAAACGAUGUGGCGCAAAAUACAAUAGAUAAGAAUGCUAUUGGUAAAACAUCAAUUUGUGACAAAAAUAUAAUGUGUAUAUUAAAUGAUCUUGAUAAAUGUAUGGAUGUUUUAAAUCGUAUUGGCGAACAUAUUAUGACUGUUUAUGCGGAAAAACAACAAGAAGUUUUGGGAACUCAAUCUACAGAAUCAUCAUCAAAAUGGAUACAAAACAUCAAUUCAUUGACAAAUGCAGAAAGAGAAGAACUUAGCAAAAUUUUAAAAUUUCAUGGUAAAAAAGACUUAUUAAAUGUAUGCAAAUGUCAAGAUAUUAAUUUUUUGGAUAAACUUUAUAAAUCAAUAUCUCAAUCAGAAGAAUAUUGUUCUCAUGAAAAAAAUAAUAUUCUUCUCGAAAAUAAAUCACUUUCAAAUUCUAUAGGUAACUAUAUAAAAUCUAAAUUUGAACAUCCCAUUAAAGAAGAAAAUAAUGAAAAUUUUGAAAUUUUAAAAGAUAAAAUAUUGAAAACAAAUGAAUGCAAAAUUAGUACAUCAGAUAAUCAGAUAUGUGAUAUAUCUUCUAUACAUGAUUUGAAAAAUACUAAAGAAUUAGAUCAAGAUAUACAUUGGGAAGUAGAAAAUUCUAAAAUAGAAAAUUUGCCACAAAAAAAUGAUGCAAAAUCAUGUUCUAUAGAUGAAUUUGAAAAUAUUGAUAUUUUAGAUAGUAUUCUAAAUGUACAUAUAACUAUUAAGGAUGAACAAGAAAUUUGGGAAAAUUCGCAAUCUCCAUUGAUGUCGCCAAUUAAUUAUGAUAAUUCAAAUAGCGUUUUAGAUUGUAUUAAAGAUUUUUUUUCACCAUCUGAAUAUAUACAUUCUAAUGAAACAGAAGAAAAAUAUAUUUUAUCAAAUACAGAAAAUUCUCAAACAUUAUUACCUGAAGGUAGUCUUGGAAUAACUGGAAUAUUAAGUAGUUUAUUUGAUUUUGAUUCUCCUUCAAACGAUUUAAUGUAUUCAAAUACACAGGCAAUUAAUCCGCGAUUAAUUAAAAAAACUUUUAAAGAUGAAAUAUCAACAAAAAAUUCUAAUAUAUCUGAAUUGAAUUUUGAAGAAAAAAUUACAGAAAAGAAUGACUUAGAAAAUACAUUUUUACAAGAAAAUAAGGAAUUAUAUAGUAAUCAAAAUCGUUAUGUUGAUGAUAAUAUGGAUAUAGUUGGAUUUGGAUUGAACUCAAGUGCAGAAGAAAUAAUUGAUUCUUAUUCAUUGAAUAAAAGUAUACCUUCAUUUUCUGAUCAUUCAACUGUUUUAGUCAAUUCAGGUAACAUAUCUUCUGAAGAUAAAGAAUUAUUUCCUAAAUACAGUCUUUCUAGUCCUACUGAUAAGUUUAAUACCAGUAAUUUUAUAGAAAAAUCAUAUAUUUUUCAAAAAAAAGAUAUUAAUCAAGUUCAACCACUCAGUGAUACAAAAAAUCAAGAUUUACCUGAAAUUUGUAUUACUAAUAACAUUUCAUCAAAUAUGAAUUAUAUAUUAAAUCAAUCAAGAGAUAAUGUUCAGUCAUCACAAAAAUAUGCAUAUACAGAACUUGAAACUAGUCCUUUUGUAAAAAAACAACCUUUAAAUUCUUGUGAUUUAUUGUCUUCCACAGAUUCAAUAUCAUGUAACAUUGAUACAACAUUUCAAUGUGUUAAACAAAAACAUAAAAAUUCUAUGAGACAAAGAAAUAUUCAAAAAACUAUGCAAUACAAUAAAGAAAAACAAAAUCAUGUUACAAAACGUAAAAUAAAAAUUAGUACACAAUCUAAAUUACCUAAAUGGACAUUAAAUUCUAAAAGGAAAAUUAAAAUGAAAAAAAAAGAAAAAGAAUCAUUUACAUCUAUUAUUCAACCCAAUCAAGAUGAAUUAAACUUAAGAUGUUCAGAAAUUACUAUAAUUAAUCCUUUGAAUUAUCAAAAUAUACAAAAUACAUGUGAAUCACCAUUUCAAAUGUCAUAUUCUCAAACAUCUUCUAAAAAUUGUACAUCUAAAAAGAAAAAUAAACAAUUAAAUUGCUCAGGCAUAAAACAUAUGUCUCAACAAAAACAAAUUUUAUUAAAUCUUUAUGAAGAUUCUAUGGUGGAUACAAUCUACAAAGAAGAUUCUAAAGUAGAAAAUCCUCAAGAUAUCAUGGAAGACAUCUCAGAAGAUUCAAGUAUAUCAAAUAUAUCUGAAAAAUCACAUAUAUCUAAAAAUAAAUCUUGUUUCAAACUAUCAGAAAAAAAUAUGGAAAUUGAUACUGAUAUAAUCAAAGCAAAUAUCAUAACAGAUAAGAAUACAGCUAAAGUUUCAAAUAAUACUGGAAAAUCUAAUGCCAAGUGGUCAUUACAAGAUAUAGAUAUGCAACCAUCAAAUUCUAUUAAAGAACAAAUAAUUACAACUUUGAAUGAAGAUAUAUCUUUGAAAAAAAGAAAAUUACAACUUCAAAAUUUUAUUCAGCCAACUUCCACAAAUGGAAUUCUUUGUUCUAUAAAUCAGCAAAAAAAGAAAAAAAAUCAUUGUGUCUCUAUAAAAAAAAAAGGUAAUUUUAGUUUAAAUAUUUUUGAUAAUUUGUUUUACUUUAAAAAUAAACUAAUUAUUAUUUUAAAAUUUAUUUUAUUUUCUAUGUAGUUUUAGAAUAUCAUCAUGUUGAAUAAAUAAAUAUAAAUUUUGUAUAAUUAAAUAUUUUUAUGAAAUAACUAUAUUAUGUACAAUAAAAUUUAUAUAUAUUUCACAUUUUGUCUACAUAUUCAAGUAAUGGCAUCAAAAACACAGUGUGGUAGUUUUAUCAAAUAGAGAAGUUUUAAUAUUUAAUUAGAUUUAAUAUUUUAAUAUUACAUUUCAAAGACUCCAAAUUAAUAAUUCUCCUCACGGAAGAUCAACAUUGGAAGACAUUUUAUUGUUUUGAGUGCCUUUUAAACAUCUUAUAAGUAAAAUAUUUUAUAUAAUCAAAAAUGCAUUUAUGCAUAGAGAAGAAUAAAUUUUGUGUCAUUUUGCAAUUCAAGACUGAUAUUUAAAUUUUAGUAACACGGAUAUUAAAAUGUAAAAAGAAAAUUAAAAUGAAAAAAGAAGAAAAAGAAUUAUUUUUAUCUAUUGUUCAAUUCAAUCAGAAUGAAUUGAACUUAAAAUAUUCACUGAAUAUUAUUAUGAAUUAUCAAGAUGUGCAAAAUACAUGUAAAUCACUAUUGUUAACAUAUUUCACAUAUUGUCAUAUUGUCAAACAUCAUCUAAAAA